GGCCAACGAAACUGCAUGAGUAAGUGUCAGAGGCACUCAGUACAGUUACUGACGGCCCGUACCGUGAACGAUCGCCGUCGUCGACCGUCGUCACCGUGUCGUCGUCGAAUAGAGUCGCGGUUUUACCAUGCGCUGCUCUUGAUAAACGUAUGCGGGAGAGAGAGAAAGAGAGAGAAAGAGAGAGAGAAAAGGAAAGAAAAGAAAAGAGAGAAGGGAAAAGAGACGCGCGUACGAAGAAACGGGAGAAAGCAGAGGAUCGGUUCGGUUGAUGACCAGGUGUAUCUCGUCGACGUAGUGACAGUGUCCUCGAAUGUGUAUAUGGACGAGGUCGCCACGAUGACCGUUCCACCGACACUGCCGGCCAAGACUCAGCCCCCGAGUCAGGUUGCCCGACAGACUGUGUCAAUCCGGACUGUUUCCAAUCCCCCCACAGCUCCUCUGAGCACAGGGGCCGGAGCAACGGUAUUCGUCGGUCUGGCAGCUCCUGGCGUCGAUUCCUCGGCGGCCUGCAGAAGAAGAAUCCCGGAAGUGCAAGCCGCGAACGGGUACGGUAAGCAGAGUGGCGUGAAGUCGGCGCAGAGCUCGCAGAACCAGCACCAACAACAGCACCAACACGCGCAACAGCAACAGCAACACCACUACAACAAUCAUUAUCAGCAGCAACAGCAGCAGCAGGCGGCCCAUGUGGUGAAAAUCAAGAUCAAUCCGGAUGGUGAGAAGAACGGAAGGGUGAUAUCGACCGUACGAUUGACGCUGGACGAGAAGGUGGUCGGGAACGAAGCCGAGAAGGAGAACGGGAUCGCGUGCGAACGUUCGGGCAAGCGUGACGGUGGUGUGGUCGUGAGUGCGACGAAUCUGGUGAACGAGCAGCGUUGUGGAAGUGGCGGUGUCGGUGACGGCUGUGUGAGGAUCAGUGUCGGCUCGAACGCCUUCGAACGCAACAACAAUCACGAUAACGGUAAUUUACGCAAGGACAAGCGCGAUCGGAGCCACGAUAACACCAACGAAGAAAAAGAUAUGGUACUGCACCGUGAAACGUCCGUCGAGCCUCCUAUGAACGCCUCCUCCCCCAAUAAUAAUCGUUCCACCGCCUGCUUCUACUACAACUCGUAUCCCGCACCGCCGCCUCUUCCCAAGAAGAAGAACUCCAGUACGGUUAUCCUGGCCAGCGAUCAACACAAUCGUACAGGCAGUUUGACCAGCAGCGGGGCGGAAGUAGACAGCGACGACAACGAGAGCAACAUCAGCUGCGAUUCCUUGAACGGUGGCGAGUUGACCGACAGAAUAGCGAACGGUGGCAUUAACGGGAACGAGGCUGGCAGGCCAUCCUUGGAAUUUUCAGAACGCUCGGAGAAUUGCCGUCUGAAGAACGGGGUGGAUCGUGAGAAGUACAGGGACACGGAGACCAUCUUGGCGUUGAACCGGCUCGACCUGUCCACCGAUCAGAACGAGGAAAAUCGAACUCACGAGGAGGAAUCGAGCGCGGCUACCUCGAGCCCUGAGAUCGACUCGAGUUCUUGCUCGACCAGAGCCUCCCCCAGCGUGUCCCCCUCGCCGUCCGGGACUUCCUCGUUGUCGAAAGCCUCCUCCACUCCGAGGAUCAGGAGUCCGGUCCUGGCCACCGAGCAGAACGGCAGGCUAUCGUCCCCGGUUGUGAAGGAGUGCACUUACGAGGAGAGGAAGCAGGAGCAGGAGAGGUUGGAGCAGGAAUCAGGUGACGUGGACACCAGCGUCAACCCUUUGACCGGGAAGAAAUACGUGUACGAGUACGACAGGUUCUAUAAGUUUCACAUAAACGAGUUGAAGGGGAACAAAGACAAUGGUAGGGGUGUGGUGUUAGGCGAUAAGGACACCGACGAGUGUUUCGCCGGUUACAAGAUUCUCGAAAAGGAAGCCAUACGCAGUGCCAAGGGAACUGUGCGCGGUGUCAAAAACAGGGUUCGAGCUGGGAUCGCGACGUUCCUUCAGAAACCCUCUUCUCAGGCGUACAUAAAGAAGGAAUUGGGUAAAGUGGUAGUGUACACGACGACCUCUGGUAUCGUGAGAAAAACGUUCUACAAUUGCAAGAAGGUGAAGCAAAUCCUGAGGACGCACAUGGUCAAAUACGACGAGCUAGAUUUGUUUGGGGACGCUGAGCUGCAAACAGAGCUGAGAGAUCGCUUGGGCUCCACGGUGAUACAGUUGCCCCAGCUUUUCAUCGAUGGGCAACAUAUCGGGGGAUUCGACACCGUGGAACGACUCAACGAAUCUGGAGAACUAAGAGAGAUGCUUAAGCCCUACCAGAGCGAGGACGCCUGCACAGUCUGCCUGUUCUGCGGAGGUUACCAGUGGCAGCUGUGUCCUGUUUGCAACGGAAGCAAGAGAUCCGUUCACCGCAACGACUUCACCGCGGAAUUCGUCGCCUUGAAAUGCGCGAAAUGCGACGUGAACGGUCUCAUCCGAUGUCCCCAUUGCUGAGCAAAAAAAAAAAAAUAAAAAAAUAAAAAAAAAAAGAAA